AUGGCGCGGCUGGGGGCGCUUGUCUGUUGCCUGCUGGCCGCCUGGCACUGCCGCCCGGGCCUCGGACUGCCUCUGGCUCCCGCUGGUGCUGGUCCCGCGGUGGGGCAGUUUUGGCAUGUGACGGACUUCCACUUAGAUCCAACUUACCACAUCACAGGUGACCACACAAAAGUGUGUGCUUCCUCCAAAGGUGCAAAAGCCUCAGAUCCUGGUCCUUUUGGAGAUGUAAUGUGUGAUUCUCCUUAUCGCCUCAUUUUUUCAGCACUUGAUUUUAUUAAAAAUUCAGGACAAAAAGUAUCUUUUAUGAUAUGGACAGGGGAUAGCCCACCUCAUGUUCCAGUGCUUGAACUCUCAACAGACAAAGUCAUAAAUGUGAUUGCUAAUAUUACAACCACUCUCCAGCGUCUCCUUCCAAAUCUCCAGGUUUUCCCUGCACUGGGUAAUCAUGACUAUUGGCCACAGGAUCAGCUGCCUGUAGUCACCAGCAAAGUGUACAAUGCGGUAGCAAACCUCUGGAAACCAUGGCUGACUGAAGAAGCUAUUACUACUUUAAAGAAAGGUGGCUUUUAUACACAGAAAGUUUCAAAUAAUCCGAAACUUCGGAUCAUCAGUCUCAACACAAACUUAUACUAUGGCCCAAAUUCCAUGACCCUAAAUCAAACUGAUCCAGCAAAUCAAUUUGAAUGGCUAGAAAAUACACUGAACAUCUCUCAGCAAAAUAAAGAGAAGGUGUACAUCAUAGCUCAUGUUCCAGUGGGGUAUCUGCCUUUUGCAAGGGACAUCACAGCCAUCAGAAAAUACCAUAAUGAGAAACUGAUAGACAUUUUUAGAAAAUACAGUGACAUCAUUGCAGGACAAUUUUAUGGACAUACUCACAGAGAUAGUAUUAUGGUUCUUUCAGAUAAAAAAGGAAAUCCAGUAAAUUCUUUGUUCGUGGCUCCUGCUGUAACUCCAGUGAGAAGUGUUUUAGAGAAACUGACCAACAACCCUGGUGUCAGACUAUUUCAGUAUGAUCCUCGUGAUUACAAAUUAAUGGAUAUGCUGCAGUAUUACUUGAACCUGACAGAUGCUAAUCUAAAGGGAGAAUCCAAUUGGAAGGUGGAGUAUAACCUGACCCAGGCCUAUGACAUUGAAGAUUUGCAGCCAAAAAGUUUGUAUAAGUUAGCUAAACAAUUUGCAAUCCAAGAGAGUAAACAGUUCAUAAAAUACUACAAAUACUUCUUUGUGAGUUACGAUAGCAGUGUAAUUUGUCAGGGAAAAUGUAAGAUCUUUCAGAUUUGUGCAAUUAUGAAUCUUGAUGUUAUUUCUUAUACAGAUUGCUUGAGACAAUAUCAUAUGAAGCACAGUCUGUAA